GACUUAACGACCUUCACAAUGGAGCUGUUCCGGACGGUCUUACCGGACAUACCUACUGACAUGCUUUUGCUAGACUGCAUUCACAGAAUCCCCAGGCCGCAACACUUACCACCCUCCACACCACGAGACGUGCUCAAGAGGCUACACUACUAUCAU